CGGCCGGCCCAGCUGCGCCGACGAAGACUUGCAACUUGCUAGUGUUCUUUGUUUUCAGUCUCUACCCUCUUCAGAUUCCUUCUUUUCUGUUUUGUCUUCUUCACCGUCAGUACUUGAUCCUUCUCUGAGGCCCAGCGAGUAGUCUAGAUCAGUACUGAUCGAUCAAACGUUGCUCGGCAAGGAUGAACAGGGUUCAUCAACAGCUGCCCAUCGGCAUCGAUCUCGGCACGAGCUAUUCCUGCGUUGCCGUGUGGAGACACAGAUGGGCGGAGAUCAUCCCCGACGAGAUGGGCAACCGCACCACCCCCACCUGCGUCGCCUUCAACGGCACAGAGCGCCUCGUCGGCCACGCCGCCAAGGCCCAGGCUUCCAUCAACCCCACCAACACCAUCUUUGAUGUUAAGCGUCUUCUUGGCAGGCGCUUCAGUGAUCUCUCUGCGCGAGGUCACGUGAAGACUCUGCCAUUCGAGAUCACUGCAAGAUCCGAUGACAAGCCGAUGAUAUUUAUUCAAUACAAGGGCAAGGAGAUGGAAUUUGCCGCAGAGGAACUAAUCUCCAUGAUCCUAAUGAGGAUGCGCAGCAUCGCCGAAUCCUAUCUUGGAUCCUCAGUCCAAAACGCAGUGAUCUCCAUCCCGGCGAAAUUUAACGACCGCCAACGCCAGGCCAUUAGGGACGCCGGUCACAUUGCUGGCCUCCACGUCAUGCGUCUCAUCAACGAAGCAUCGGCAGCCGCCAUCGCUUACGGCCUCGAGAAGAAAGGUAGUAGCGGUUCCUACAGCAACGGUGAGAAGAAUGUGCUUGUCUUCGACCUCGGCGGCGGCAGCCUCAACGUCUCUCUUAUAGCCAUCGAAGAGAGCAUCGUGAUAGUGAAGGCAAGCGCCGGCGACGUCUACCUAGGCGGCGAGGACUUCGACCAGCGACUCGUGGACUACUUCAUCCACGUCUUCAAGACGAAGCACAACAAGGACAUCAGCGGCAACCAGAGGAAGGUCACGAAGCUGAGGGCGGCUUGCGAGAGGGCGAAGAGGGCUCUCUCGUCGGCAACGCAGACGACAAUUGAGAUCGACUUCCUCUUCAACGACACCGACUUCUACGCCAACAUCACGCGCAGCAAAUUCGAAGAGCUUAACAACGAUCUCUUCACGAAGUGCAUGGAGGCCGUUGAGACAUGCCUGAGAGAGGCUCAUGUCGACAAAAAUGAGGUGGACGAAAUCGUCUUGGUGGGUGGAUCUUCGAGGAUUCCAAAGAUACAGCAGCUGUUGCAGGGCUUCUUCAAUGGCAAGGAACUCUGCAAGAGCAUGAACCCGGAUGAAACGGUGGCUUGUGGUGCUGCUGCUCAUGCAGCGAUCUUAAGUGGCCAAGGUAAUGAUCAACUGGAGGAUUUUCUGCUUUUGGAUGUCACUUCCCUCUCUCUAGGAUUGGAGACUGCCGGAGGAGCCAUGAAAGUGAUGAUUCCGAGGAACAGCGCCAUCCCCACCAAGAAGGAAAUGCUCUUCUCCACCCACCAGAGCAAACAGCAGGGCAGGGGAGUUUGUCAUGAGCUGAUUCAGACGGUUGACCAAGACGAUACAGCAGUGAAGAACUCGAGCAAGAAUGCGGACGAUUCCUCCCCCUGUAGAGUAUCGAUUCAGGUGUACGAAGGUGAGAAAUCAAAGGCAUGGAAGAACACACUCCUAGGCAAAUUCGAGUUCUCGGCCGUCUCUACGGGCACCAACGGAAGACCAAAUAUUAUGGUGACUUUCGAUAUUGAUGCCAACUAUGCACUCACUGUUUCAGCCAAGGACAUGGUCACCGGCGUCAAGAGCAAGCUGAGCAUAACCAACAGCAAGAAUAGACAGAACAAGGAAGAGAUUGAGAAGAUGGUUGAUCGAGCUCAGAAGCAUAAGGCGGAGGACGAUAAGCAUGCGAAGAAUGUGGAAGCCAAGAAUGCAUUGGAGAACACGGUUUAUGACAUGAGAAAUGCGAUGAGGGAGAUGGAUGAGGGGAUUGAGAAGGCCAUGAAUUGGUUGGAGAGUAAUCAGUUGGCAGGAGCCGAUGAGUUUGAGGCCAAAAUGGAAGAGCUGAGGAGAAUGUGGAACCGCAUCAUGCCCAAAGUGUAGAUAAGUGAAAAGAGAAACAACAUACGGAAGUUAAUCUGUACCAAACUUGUGAAGGUGUAUGUAUUUCUUAAAGAUGCUGAACGUCGACUAUCUGUGAACUGGAAUAGAUUGAAGACCACGCUGCAAAUGGCUUUCACAGCCUUUUCCAUCUAAAGGAGAGAUCGUUUAGUUUA